AUAGUGCUUAACAAAUACCACAAUUAUCGUUAACCCCUCUGACCUUUCUCUCUCCUUUCCAUGCCUUGCCAUUAUCUAUGAGGUCCUGCUUCAGUUUUAUGGUGCCUUUUCCCCUGCUCUCACUAAUAGUCCCUUCAUCUUGUCCUUGCUUUAUACAGUUGCUGUGCCGAGAGUUCUUUCCGUGUGAGCGAUAAGGGCCAGAUGAUAUCUGGAGUAUCUGUUCCUAGAUGCUUGGAAGAUUCAUAACUAUAGAGCUUGAAGGGACUGUUUUACUGGAAGGCAAGGGAGCAAAACUAAUGGCUUUGUCCCCACAGCUAUUUGGGCCGGGUGGGUAGCCAGAGCUAGCUAGCCCCUUCAGUGCCCUAGAGCUGGGAAGGGGUGAGAAGUGGAGCCAGGAUGUAUGCCUCACUUCUUAUCCCAGGCUCAGCUCCUGCGUGGUUCCCAUUAACUUCUCGGGGCUCUGGGGUUGAGCCGGAGGCGCUCUCGACCCCAGCCCUGGAGCCCAGUGGGGACAGACCUGGUGGCUCAUCCCUAACUGAUAGACUCCCUGGGGAAAGUGCUGGUAACGAGGUGGGUGUUGGGACUCUGGCCUCGGUGGCGGGGUCAGUCGGCACCACCCUUUGUGCCACUUCCCAGCCUGGAGCCACUGGAGUUGGUGCCGCGUGGCUGGCGAUGGCAGCCGAGGCGGCGGAGGAAGAGAAGGCGGAGCAGUGGAGGAUUUUUUUUUAAAGGUACACUUGAAAUAUUUACCACACUCCAGAAACGUGAAACCUACAAGGACUGUCUGGAGAGUGAGCCACAGUGUGAAACACUCCAGAUCCCUUAAGAAGAUAGAGACACCUAGGGGCCCACAAUGUUUAAGAGUAUAAGAGCAUAAGAAAUGCCACUCCUGGAUCAGACCAAUAGUCCGUCCGUCCGUCCCAGUAAUCUGUCUCCAACAACCUGACUCAGUGAAGAUUCCAGCACUUUGCAUGUGAGUGUCUUACGCAACAAUGGUUUAUAAAUUGGAUGAACGCAUAGUAGUGUCUGCUCCUGAAGUGGGUGAACAGAAACUGCAUGGCUACUCAAACCGACUACCUCACAAUGUAUGCUGUUGGUCACGGGGGACCGGGCAAGAGUGGGUGAAUGGCUCAGUGCAACCCAUCACCGCUCUCGGAAAAACUUACUCCAACGCGUGUCCUCUUGGUGGGGGGAUGUCCCGUAUGCUACCCUCAACAAAAGUCCUUCACAAGUAGGCAGUACAGGUCCUUGGUUGUUCUCUGAAGAAGCAGCACAAUUUAAGAAUGCAUUGCUCUCUUUGAAUGGGGAAGGAGGCUAGAAAACGUGUCCCUAAAAAUUGCUUGCCUCACCCUAUCCAAACUGGGUAAAUCACCACUGAAGAGCUUUAUACUUACGCUGAAAAUACAGACAAGAUUUAGCGCUAAGAAAAUGACCAUCGUUUCACAGAUUUCAAGACCCUACAUAAUUAGAACUGUCGCUCCCCAGAAAGAACUACAGAACCAAUGCACUCGUGGCACAUAAACUGGCCACUAGACUACCUGAUGAUGGCCCACUUACAGAGAGCGGUCUCGGAUAGAUCUUCGUAUAGAAAAGAUUUCCUUUUUCAGAAGAGUGGCUGUCGGGGGCACUUUCAGACAGUCACAGGAAUCAGGCCUUCCAAAUCUGCCCAGAGGCAUAAGGGUCUGAUGAUGUUAUCUAAGCACUAAAGGAAUGUCAUAAUUCUGUCUUCUCCUGACACAAUCGCUUUGGCUGUGGGUCACUGAGGAGAUUCAGCCAUCAUCAUCCUCUUUAAGAAGAAAGGUGAAAAAUUAUACCGUGGCAACUCUCGAGGCAGCCCAUUAUUUUCCAUUGGCGGCAAGAACCGCACCGGGGGACUUCUGGAGCGGCUACUGAAAAAUCGGAUUAUCUACCCAUUCCCAGAAUUACAGUGCAGCUUCAGACCUCAGGAUGGUCCAGCAGAUUUGGUCUUUGCAGCACAUCAGACAGAGGUACAGAGAGCAGCGCCAAGACCUCUAGACAAUUUUCAUAGACCUCACCAAAGCAUCAGUAAAUCGGGGCUCUGGCAAAAGCUUAGUAAAUCUGGUUGCCCGGAAAAUUUCAUCAAGAUUUGGAGACUGAAUCGUGAGACAGUAUGAGUGACGGCGGCAGAAGUGGAUGUCCCUUAUCUGAGCAGUUUCCCAGCACCCGUGUAGUAGGCCCAGUUCUGUUCAAUGCAUUCUAUGUAUCCACACUGGAGGAUAUAAUAAGCUGGUGGUAGACUAUUUCUAAGAUCUGUCUCUAGAAUUUUUAACAAUAUCCCUAGCCAGUUGCGAAACUCUCUCAACAACCGGCUAGGGAUAUCGUUAAAAAUCCUAGAGACAGACAUUUGAGCUGUAUGCGGUUAACCAUAUUCUAGAGGCACAUAGACAAGAAUAAUGGCAGAUUUCUCAGUGACCCUUACAGGUCCCUAGAGCAGAUUUCCAAGAUGAGGUGGGUUAGCAAUUUUUCAGGAAAAAAAAAGGGCCCCACAACUUUAAAAAAUUAAUAUGAAGUACACCCCUUUCAGCCAGAAUUAUGGGUUUUCACUCUGUGUUGUGGCUAGAAUUCGGCUAGGGAACUAGGGAAAGUUCACCCAGCAGUGGGAUCCUGUUUGAAUAUAGGAUGUCAGGGUUUGGGAAAAAUGACUCGGGUGUACAGUAUGGUGAUAGACCGUGUGAAUAUUACAAUACAGGCCUCUCCAUUGUGGGGUUUGGUGAACUCAACCCUAGUGUUUUAGAACUGGCUGUACUUGUAAAUAUUUUUUUUUUCAAGUGUGUGUUGUUCAAUCUAUUUGAACAUUGCAGCCCGGAUAGGGUGCAAAGUGAACUCGCCUUAGUGGUGCCGUUACAUAAAUGAGACCACUUUUUUUUUUUUAAAUAAACUAAGGCGUGAUGACAAGCUUUGGGUUUUAGGUGACACAAUUACAUGCAGAUGAUUAUGAAUUCCUUCACAGAGUCAGCCUGAUGCUAAGGACUGAUGAUUAGUCUGAAGAAAUGCAAGGUAGCUUAGCCUGCAGCGUGGAAGCCCUAAUAGUAUUAAUAGUAGGGUUGUCCUUCAGUUUGAAGAAAACGCUGCUGGUGGUGAGACUGUUUUGCCCUACCACGACCAUGUUGCCUUGGCAACGUGGAACCAAAUUGUCAUCACACUGUCAUUACCUAUGUAGUCCACUGUCCAACAGUACAGUGAUAGAUAAGGAAACAAAAUAUUGUAUCAAUGAGUCCAGUAUAUCCUGUGGGAGAUUGUCAGACCGUAAUGUCAAAGCAUUAGCAAGAUUGAGACUAAGCUGAAGAUCUAUGGAGCUGUAGUGCUCUCUGAAACCUGUACCCAUCACAAACACCAUAGCCAUCCAACUCCUUGAACAGUUUGAUCACUGUUGCUUAUUGUCCAUUCUUAACAUAAAGUGGGAUGAAUGGUCCUGGAAUGAAACACAUCUAAUAGCGCUGAAGCGAUGCUCAACUCAAAACCGCUUCACUAGAUGGGCGGGCAAGGAGAAUGGAUACCCUUAGGAUAUCAAAACAACUGACUGCUGUGUAGUGAACUGAAAUGGUGUACCUGAAAGCAAGAGGAGGUGGAGGAAACUUUGAGAGUGGAGUAAAGUGUAGUCUCAGUCAGUAUGGCCUCACACCUGGAAGCCGAGUGACAGCUUCAGCCGACAGGCCAGCAUGGCACAUUGCAGUGAAGAAAUCGGCGGAAGCUCUUUUUGAGCAGAAUCUUUGAGAGACCCGUGAAAUAGAAGAGAAAACAACACCAAGAUCUGCAAGCAGCAAAAGCGACAGCACACCAAAAGAUGAUUUUGGUGUGUGCAAGGUGUGAAUGGACCUGUCAGUCUCAAAUGGUCCUCUUCAGGCACAUGCACCCACCCAUAGGUAAACUUCACCAUCAGGGGAGUCGUCUUUGAACAGCGGGAUGCUUGGAGGAACCAAGUGAUGGUUGCUCUCCUUGACAUCCAUCAUAAUGGAUAGGUUGCUAUUGGCCAUGGCUGCCGUUGAUAGUUUCUACUUCUUGUACAGGGAAAUUGCCCGGUCUUGCAAUUGCUAUUUGGAGGCUCUAGCUUUGGUUGGAGCAUGGUACACGGCCAGAAAAAGCAUCACCAUUAUUCAUGAUUUUUACAGCUUGAUCAGGUUGCAUUUCAUUCCUAGACUGGUCAGCAAGGCCGAUCUCAUCAAGCAAUAUGGAAGAUGGGCAGUAGUAAGCGGUGCCACAGAUGGUAUUGGAAAAGCUUAUGCUGAGGAGUUAGCAAGCCAUGGUCUUAAUAUUAUCCUAAUCAGCCGGAACAAAGAGAAGUUGGAAAAGGUCGCUGAAAAUAUAACUGAGGUCUAUAAAGUGGAAACCGAUAUCAUUGUUGCCGACUUCAGCAACGGUCGUGAGAUUUACUCACCCAUUAGAGAAGCACUGAGAGACAAAGAUAUUGGAAUCUUGGUGAAUAAUGUAGGAGUAUUUUACCCCUAUCCACAGUAUUUUACCCAAGUGCCUGAGGACAAACUGUGGGAUAUUAUUAAUGUAAAUAUCGCUGCAGCGAAUUUUAUGAUUCAUAUAGUAUUGCCAGGAAUGGUAGAUAGGAAGAAAGGUGCAAUUGUGAAUAUCUCUUCUGGUUCUUGCUGCAAACCGACUCCACAGAUGACUGCAUACUCGGCGUCUAAGGCUUAUUUGGACCACUUCAGCAGAGCACUACAGUAUGAAUACGCUUCCAAAGGAAUCUUUGUCCAAAGUCUAAUCCCAUUCUAUGUAGCUACUAAUAUGAACACGUUUAGUGGCUUUCUGCAUAGCAACCCGUGGUUGGUGCCUUCACCUAAAGUUUAUGCCCAGCAUGCAGUUUCAACUCUUGGAAUCUCCAAAAGGACUACGGGAUACUGGUCCCAUUCCAUUCAGUUUAUUUUUGCACAGUACAUGCCAGAAUGGCUCUGGGUGUGGGGAGCAAAUAUUCUCAACAGUUCACUGCGUCAGGAGGCCCUUUCCCACAGAUUGUGAAUCGUGAAUAUCAUCUAGGAAGUUGCCAAUUCAGCUACUGCAGCCUACAGUAUUUAGAGCUUUGGAAGAACUUCAUUUGCAUUUUGUUGUACAGUCAUUUUAAUUCAUCCCCCAGCAUGUUGUUUAAUCAAUUAUUGGGGAAACUAGGUACUUUUAAAGAAUGUUGACAAUAUCUAAAGUUGACUCAGGUCUACAGUUUAUCACCGGAGGAAAUGCUGAUUAUUUGGGGGAUAUGACCCAGGAAAUCCAGCCUGUAAUAAUUCUUUCUUUUCUGUAAAAUAUUAAAGCAGUUGAAUGGGUUUCUAUUUUGUGCUGUGAACGAAGACAGUACAUUUCAGUUUGAUUGUAUACUUUAGUGAAGUAAGCUAAAGGUCCCAUCUUUGUAUUCUAGGUGUUUGUUUCUUUUAAGAUAAAUCACGUGUUUUCCUUUGAGUAAUCUGGGGUUUCAGAAACAGCUGGAAAAGCUGUUAGAAUGUAUUUUAAAAAUUGUUUUAUGGCUUCUGUUGUAGGAAUCCCUUCAGAUGACAAUGUUUGGUUUUUCCUUAUGUUUACAGGGUUGUAUUUAAAUGUUAAGAUGCAUAUUUCAUUAAGAAGUUGGGAGAUAUAUCCGAAGCAUUGUUUAUUAGUAAAUCCAUUUAAAAAGAUAACUCUAAAGUAAUUUAAGAUGAAGCUUUAUUAAAUGUUAAAGAUGUUUAAAUUCUGUUCACUGAUGACAAUCCCGUUUAAUUUUGUAUAGCUAGCAUUACCCUUAGACUUUUAACGUUAUCAUCUAUCUGUUCUGUACGGUAUUAUUACUAUGUAGUUAACACUCAUUUCUAGAGUUAAAGAGGUAUUCUAAGGAGUGCGUCUCUUUUACCCGAUUCUUCUGUUACUUGUAAUUUCAACUUGCAGCCGAUUUUUACAACUGAAGUUGAGCCUUAUUGUAAUUUGUCAGUUUUCUAUGUAGUAGCUUAUUCUAGUAGCAUUUGGUUCUGGCAUAAACACAAUUAUUUAGUGAGCUAAAAAUAUGGAAUCACUGUGUCAAUGUAUUGUCUGAAAUAAACAUUUAGAAGCAUA